UCUGUAUUGUUUUCAAAUGUGUGUUCAAUGUGUAUAUAUUUUUUGCUUUGUUUAGUUAAUUAGCUUUUAGUGCAUUUGUCACCAUCUCUCCGUAGACCCCCAGCCAAUUUCAGCAUGAGGUGAACUCCACCAUCAUGGCCCCGAGAGUUUCCACUGACCCUGACGUGCAUCGGGGCUUCUGCACCUUCCAGCCACUGUCCCCUGAGGACGCUGUGGAGGAACGCCUCCUACUGGACUCCAUUGCUUGGCCUGAAACUCCACUAUUGCCAACUCCUCUUAUCCUGGAGCAGACCAGUGACCCAGCUCACAGCACCUUCACCAUUCUCCCAGGGAGGGGGGGGAGACAGUGGCACGUAGGGGAUCAGCUGGAGGUUAGGAUCAAUAUGUCUGAUUUCCAGGGCCGUCCCAAGAAGUCUGGGGGAGACUUGUUACUCGCCCGGCUGCACAACCAGAAGCUUGGUGCAGGUGUGGCUGGAACGGUGGUGGAUCAUCUGAAUGGCAGCUACUCUGCUGUAUUCUCUUUACUCUGGGAAGGAGACGCACAGGUUGAGGUGUUCAGAGUGGGUGUGGUCAUGCUGUACUACUCCAAUAGCUCCCAUUUGGUGCUAAAACAGUCUCAUAUCAAGUAG